UGUUGCUGCCAUUUCAUCAGCUCUGUGAUCCCCAGCAUCCCCUAUUCACCAGCUCUCCAUCUUUACAACCCUGGGCAUCUCUGCGACUGAAGCCCACACUGGAGGAAGGGCUGCGAUUCUUCUGUCUGCAGGGAAAUGAAACCUCUUCUCUGGAGCUAGCCGGAUGCCCUUGAGGACUAUCCCCUUUGUAAUCCCUGCUUGGAGGCACAGAAUAAUAGAGCCUAGGAAGCCUUCUAGCAUCGGGUUGUUUUUCUGAUUUAAUCAAGCUCGGACUUCCUGAGCCUGGAGGCUUUGAUCUUCCUGUAUGCAGGGUGGAUACUGUUUUGGUGAGGGGUACCGAAGAGGGGGAUUCAGAACCUUUUCUUGGAGUCCUUCCUUGCUGAUCUGGAUUUAGGCUGCUGAGUUAUAGCUCUAGAUAUUUGUGUUAACACAGCGGGGGGGAAAAGGUUGGAGCCCUUGAAUGAGAGCUGGAAAUUCAUUCCAACCCCCUUUCUGCUGUUGUAACCAGGCCAGCCAUUGCCAAGUUCUUUUCAAUGCAUUACAAAAGCAUUUCUCUGCCAUUGCAACAGGAAACACGGAUCAGUAGCAAGAUGCAUGUCGGAUCCUGAUUUAAAAAAGCAAAACAACAAGCUGGCGAAGAGGGAAAUCUAGGCUGGUCUGGGGCAAAAUGGAGACCAUCUGACCUUUGCAUUUCCAGCAGAGCCAUUUCGCGUGUGUGUUGCAGAACUGGAGGCAGAGGCGGGGGUACAAUCCUGCCACCCGCAUCUCCUGCAAGAAGAUUUCCCAGCAGCCAGAAACCAUGACUGGACAGGGGAACAGCGAGCCCACGCAUUCUGAAGGCUUCCCUGAUAGCCACCUGCCACGCAGACCUGCCCUUGUAGCGCGUCUAUUUCUCUCCUAAAGCAGAGAGCCAGCACCUAGCAGCAGCGGGGAGGCUGAGACGCCCUCUGGUGGGCAGUGCGGGCCACGCAGCGCGCCCUCUGGUGGGCAGCGUCCCUACAGCGCCCUCUGCUGGGUGCCUGCAGGACUGUGAGCAGAAGCGCCGGGCACCUGCCGGCCGCAGAGCCUCCCUCGCACCCGCGCGCGGCUCGGCAUGGGCUGUGCGGAGCGUGCCCGGCCCUAGGCGCUGUGCAGAGGCUGCAUUGCCCCGGGCGAGCCGCUGCGGGGGGGGGGAAGCAUGGAAGCGAUUUGGCUCUACCAGUUCCGCCUGAUCGUGAUCGGAGACUCCACCGUGGGCAAAUCCUGCCUGAUCCGCCGCUUCACCGAGGGGCGCUUCGCCCAGGUCUCGGACCCCACGGUGGGCGUGGAUUUCUUCUCCCGGCUGGUGGAGAUUGAGCCGGGGAAGCGGAUCAAGCUGCAGAUCUGGGACACGGCCGGGCAGGAGCGGUUCAGAUCCAUCACCAGAGCCUACUACAGAAACUCAGUAGGCGGGCUCCUCUUAUUUGACAUUACAAACCGCAGGUCCUUCCAGAACGUCCAUGAGUGGCUAGAAGAGACAAAGGUGCACGUCCAGCCCUACCAGAUUGUCUUCGUUUUGGUAGGUCACAAAUGCGACCUUGACACACAGCGGCAAGUCACUAGACACGAGGCUGAGAAACUGGCUGCUGCAUAUGGCAUGAAGUACAUUGAGACAUCUGCUCGGGAUGCCAUUAACGUAGAGAAGGCCUUCACUGACCUAACUCGAGAUAUAUACGAGCUUGUUAAAAGGGGGGAAAUUUCGAUCCAGGAGGGCUGGGAAGGGGUAAAGAGUGGGUUUGUACCGAACGUAGUGCACUCUUCAGAAGAGGUGGUGAAAUCAGAUAGGAGAUGCUUGUGCUAAUCACGUCUAGUGAGAAAAGCUAUGAUGAACUCUACUAAUCAAACAUACUCUAUUAAGUGAACUCAGUGUGAUGGAAAAGGGAUUGUAACACUAGCAUGGUGAAUGGCCUCACACGUUGUUUUGGACACUAGAGGAACAGAACCAGGAAAGAAAUGGUCAGUUCCAAAUAACCUCUUUAAGAAUUGGGGGUGGGUGGGUGAGGGCCUACAAAUCUAUGUGAGAAUGAACAAAGGUGCAUGUUUAUGUUAUAGGAGACAGGAGGCAUAAGAACAAGAGGGGAUCUGAAUGAGAUGGUACAGAACAGGGAAUUUUACAUGCACUGUUUUUGUAUGCCAUGUGUUGAAGCCACAGUCUGAACAGUCUAUUAAUAUAACACACACGAGAGGAGAGAGAAAAAUCUUGGUUUGUAUCAACAAUUUAUUUCCAGGAAGAUUAGAAUAUAGUGCGAAUGUUAAUUCCACAGUUAACUCAAAAGAAACAUUUUACAGAUGUGGCACACACACUUUUGGGGCUUAAUAGUCUUGUACCUCAUUAAAACAUAGACUAAGACUAUAAUAUGGUCCUUUAAAAGGAAAAUAGGGGUUAUUUUACUGAUAAUUAAAACUUAAGCAUUUCCAUCCCCCUGGAGAGGGGUGUUUUCCUUGCCGUGCCUAGCUGAGACUAAGGGCCAAAUCCAGCAUGAUGGCUCCAAUUAUAAUCAUUGGAUGAAUUUAUAAAUACUGUUCUCUCUCUACAUGACUGUAGUAGAAGUACCUCGACUAUAUGGAUUGCCAAUAUCAUUAACAGAUCAAGAGUAUAAAGCUUCCUAAGUGUAUCCUCACAUCCAGUAUCUCACAGAUGGGUCAUGACAACCAAUGAUGAGCAGUCAGUUGGGAAAGGCGAAUAUUUCUGUCUUACUGUCAGAAACAGAGUGACGUUGGCAGCAUUUCACUGUAAACUUACAUUGCUCCUUAGGGAAAAAGGAAAGAACAAAAGAAAACUAAAGAAGAUUUAAAUCAAGAGCAUCAUACAUCCCUGGAGGUGGGGGUUUCUUUUAAAGAACAUGGGAAAGAGCUGGUUCCGGUACUGAAAGCAGUGGCUGGGGCAGCAUUCUCUGCUCUUACUGGGUUGCUUUCUGUACUGGCGUCUGGGGAAGGAGAGACAUAGGAAGUGGAAGGAGAGGUAUAGAGCUAAAGUGUCUGAGAGGGUGAAAAGGGAAGAUGAGAGAAGCAUAGGAGAAAAUCUCUUCUCUUUGUUUUAUUUAUAUUCUACCCAAGAUGGAGCCUACACCAGGCAGGUAGCUGACUUACAAAGGCUAUAAGUAACUAAGUGUCCAUUUUCUGGGAACACCAUCUACCAUUUCAGCUUUGCUUCAUGUAAGUACUGUAUUAACUAAAGCUUUUGGAAUGCAGACGGAUAACAAUGCGCCUGUAUUGUGCCGAGGAGGAUCAACACGUUAGCAGAACAGACAGCGACAUUUAUUCAAGUUUGCAAGCUUUACAAGCCAAACUGUUCAUUUGGUUAUGAGGGCUUAGGCAAACCACAUAGAGAUCCAGCAUUUGAAGACAGGCCUCCAGGUAGACAAGAAUAAAGUACUUCUAAUUGCUCCUCUAAGGUACCAUGUUCCAUAAGAGUAGGAUUUCUGACAAGUUGAAUCUGUCUCGCUUCAGAUCCGUUCUUGUAUUUUGUACCAUUUGAGCCCGACUGUAUCAUAAAAAUAACAAGACCAUUGCUUAGGUAUGAAAGCUGUAAAAACAAUUUAAAUGAAUAAUAUUUUACCUUUAAAUUUUCUAGUAACAUUUGCAAUCCUUGAGCUCAGCGGGUGACAGCAAACAUUGUAUGCCACUGUGAAUUCAUAGGCCGCAAAUGUAGAUCCAGAGGAUAUUGAAAUGGGGGUUGGCUGCAGGAAAUGAAACAGCCUUUUACUUCUGAAUACCAAUGGUCAAUCUUGAUUAGGUCACAGCUGUAUUCAGUUUGCUGGCCUAACUCUAAGACUCCCAUUCAACUCUCACUGAAGUCCAUGGAAGCCUUUCCAGUGCUUUCAAGAGAAGGUAGAGAUGGCCCUCUGUCUGCAGCGAGCAUUACAAAACCUCUUUCUUGAAUGGCCCAAUUUGGCAUGAUUGAGAGUCUUGGCUCAGGAGAGACCUACAACAACAUGGGUAUUGCAGGUAAUCCCCCCCUCAGCUUACACCAACGUCAGCGAGAACUGAGGGGCAUUGGUGGAGCGUGGUGAGGCACAUGCAGCAUUUACCCAGAGUUGUCAGUCUCUCCCCUUCACAAACAAGAGCAGCCAUAUUUAAAAGGGUCCAGUGUCUUUAUGUACCUUUAUUCACUGAAUGGAAAAUAUGCCAAGCUACCGUUUUAGCCUUUCAAGGCUGAGUCAGCUCUAAAGUUGUCUCCGAUUUUCUACUUUAAACAACAAUCCAUCUUAAAUGUAGAGACUUUGGUUUAAUCAAGUAAUACUCUGUGAACAUAGAUGGAAGUAAAACUUUUGGGGCCGGUCAUGUUUCCUGUAUCACCAAAGUCUCAUGAGCCAGCAUAGCAGGACCUCACUGAUGGGGAAAAUAAUUGAGCUUUUCACUGCAUUUCCGUUUUUUUUUU